AGGGUGCAGGGGGAUGCAGCAGUGCAAAGUGCACUGCGGUGCGCAGUGUCCUCGGGGUGGGGGGGAUUUGGAGGUGCCAAGUGACCCCUUCCCCACCCCCAGGACCCACUGGGUGCCCUGGAGCGGGACCUGGCGCUGCAGAUGCAGAUUGCCAGAGCUGCACAUCGCCUGUGCCGGGAGGAGAACAUCAGCAAACAGCUGCGCCGCAGGAGGAAGACGGCAGCAUUGAAGGAGGAGCAGAAACUGAAGGCGCUGGAGGACACCCUGCUGGCCGAGCGCCGGGCCCUGUCUGCUGGUGGCACCGGCGGGGCUCAGGAGCUCAGCGCGUCGGAUGAGAGCUCGCUGUCGGAUGCUGCGUUGCUGGAGGAGGGUAAGGGCCGUGGGUACGGGGACGCAUCCCGCCCCUCCCCACCACAACGCUCCGUCUGUCCUGCAGAGGAGGCACAGCCGACGGGAGCCGGCACCCCGCAGCGCCUUCCAUCCCCGUGCCCGUGGCCCCGCUUGGCCCCUGAGGAGCAGAGUGAGGAUCCGGGGUGCCCCUCUGCACCCCCCGGCCCCUGGAGGGAGACCAGCCUCGACGGACCCUACGGGAAGGCCAAGAACAUCAGUGCUGAGCCUGGGGAUGGGGAAACCCGCGCGUCCCGGUGCUGCCCCACGUCCCCACCUGCUGUCACCUCUGUCCCCAUCAGCCCUGACUGCAGGGCUGGGGACGUGGCCCCGUAUCGCUUCAUCCCCGUCCGGAGCGUGGUGCUGUGCAGGCAGAUGGGAUCCAGUGCUCCCAGCACCCCAGAGCCAGCGAUCCGACGUGGACAGUGCCAGUCCCUGAGGGUGGACUCACGCUGGGAGCCGGCUGAGAUGCGGGGCCGCAGCACAGCUCCCCGCCGCCGCCCCACGUACUACACAGUGACAGUGCCCACCUCCUGCCCCCCGGCCCCCAGCCCCACACCACGCUCCGGCUCCGACGACAGCAUCUCCGACGUCUCCAGCGUCUCCCACGCCACCUCCCCGGGCAGCAGCAGCCCCGACGUCUCCUUCCCACGUCCCCCAGCCCCACCACCCUGCACUGAACCCCCUUUCUACCCCCGCGGAGCCCCCCGGCUCCUGCCACCCCCCGGUCCCCCGGUGUUCCUCUAUGAGCAGGACCUGGCCCCGCUGCGCUACCAACGCCUGGUGCCCUCUCACAGCCGCAUCGUGCGCACCCCCUCGCUUAAGGACUACGUGCCAGGGGGGUCCCGUGGGCUCUCCAAAGCUGCGGUGACAGAGGAGCUCAAAUCGUGGCACCAACGCGCCCGGCUGCGCGGAGCCCGGCCUCAUUCCCUCGACAGACAGGGGGCCUUCCGGGGACACCGCUGUGGGAACCCCCAGGAUGGGUCCCCCCUCCGUGGGGCACCGCUGAGGGCUCAGGCAGCCCCGAUCCGCAUCCUGCGGCGCUCCCCGCCCAGUGUACCUGUGCAGGUCUACGUGCCUGAGAACGGCGAGAUCAUCACACAGGUGUGAAGCGGCCCCCAACCCCACGGGGCACGGCCUGGCUGGCCCAGGGCAACGGGGACAGUGGGGACACAGCCGUCAUGCACCCCUGUGGGCUUGGGAUGGGGGACGGGGGCACAGCUGUGGGGUGGGGUGGGCAGGGCUGGCUCCUUACGCUGUCCCAUGUCACCAGUGACCCCUGAAGGGUCUGCAGUGCAGAUGCGUCAUAUUCGGGUUAUCUUUUUUCGCCUAAUAAAUGUGGUCAUUUGGGA